AUGACCUUGCAAGUGGACAGCUUGGAUUCUAAGCCUGGCUUUAAGAUUCCUCUGCCGAAGUAUGAACAUCCACCAGAGACGAGAUGUCCCUUGAAAUAUGCGAAUGUCGUUACCAUUGACCUUUCUGAAUAUGAUCGUCCUGGAGGCAGAGAUCGACUAGCACAGCAAGUCAAAGAAUGCGUGCAUGACUUUGGCUUCUUUUAUAUUACCAAUAUUGGUCUUUCCCAGGAUGAGAUUGAUCUGCAGUUUGCCAUUGCACAAGCAUUCUUUGCACUGCCUGUGCAAGAACGACUGAGACACCUUGCACCUUUGCACAAAGGAAAUUAUAAUGGCUACCGGCCAUUAGGUACCCUGAGCCUCUUUCCAGGACUGCAAGAUUCACUGGAGUUUCACAGUAUCUUCAAGUUCAUCCCUCAAAGCCAACGCUCACAGCCAGAACUUAUCAAGCAAUAUUCAGCAGAGAUCGAGCGAUUCUCCCGACAUAUGCACGAGAAUGUCUCAUUCAAACUUCUACGAAUACUUGCGACGAUGCUAGAGCUUCCAGAAGAUCAAUUUGUGAACGGCAACCGCUACGAAGACGAAUGUGAUAGCUCCGUGCGGUACAUGUUAUACCAUGCCCGGUCGCAAGAAGAAAAUAGGAUGUUUGACGACUAUUACCUCCGUGGCCAUACAGACAAAGGAACAUUGACGUUCCUCUUUCAACAACCAAUAGCAGCGUUGCAAGUGCAGCGAGUGCAAACCGACUGGGAGCAUUUGAGGAUUCCCGCCGGCACUGUUGCAGUGAACAUUGCCGAUGCAUUGCAGUUUCUCACCAACGGGUAUCUGAAAAGUGGUUUACAUCGGGUCAUGGCGCCACCGAAGGACCAGGUGCAUAUGAAUCGCUUGGGGCUUUUGUACUUUGUACGUCCGACGGAUAAAUUGCCUUGGAAGUCUCUGGAUAGUCCGUUUCUGAGGAGGGCGGGUUAUGCGAAGUCGACCGAGCAUGAUAGAGAUAUGUCUGGGCUGGAAUGGUGGAGGGCGGGUGUGAAGACUCGCAAGGGAGCCAAUUAUAUGAAAGAUACAGCUCGUUCAAGUACCUAG